AUGGGCCCCUGUACCGCCUCAUCAUGCUGCUGCCAGGCCCGUAAUCUGCCAUGGGCCCCCGUACCGACCUCCUCAUGCUGCUGCCAGGGCCCGUAAUCUGUCAUGGGCCCCUGUACCGCCUCCUCAUGCUGCUGCCAGGUCCAGAGUGUGUCAUGGGUCCCUGUACGGCCUCCCAUUGCUGCUGUCUCCAUCGCCACACUCUGCCAUGUGCCACUUUCAGGUCUCCUCACACUGCUGGUGGGUUCCAUUUUUUCAUUCAUAGGGUGCUGUAUGGCCUCCCAUUGCUGCUGCCUCAACCGCCACACUGUGGCUCCACACGCUGGUUUUGGCCCCGUGACUGCCCAAAUGAGUGAAGUGUGCGGUGAUUCUAAGAUCGACGGCACUCAUCUGCAUGUCAUACUGACUGACAGUAUUAUUUCUCUUCCCCCAGCAGACUCUCAAGGGCAUUUAAAUUAAAGGUACAGUGUUCUGCACUAAUAUAA